AUGUCAGGGUAUAGGCCAGCGUUUUUGGAUCAAAAGCCACCUCCAGGGUAUAUUGCUGGUGUAGGUAGAGGCGCGUUUGGUUUUGCAACUAGGGGUCAGAAAAACGAAACUCCUAGAGUACCGAAACGGUAUACCAAGGAGAGCAAUGACGAUGACGAUGAAGAUGUAUUUGCAUCGAUUGAAGAAAAGAGAGCCCGAAAAAGGGCUCCCAAGCCGGAAGAGAGAUCAAAGGCUGAUUUUAUACCGCUAAAACGGAAACUCGCUAAUGUGACAGAAGACCAAUGGCUUAAUCUACCAGAAGCUACCGAUAUGACCCGGAGAAAUCGCAGAAUUAGGUUGGAAGAACAGAUGAAUAGGAAAACAUAUGCAGCACCUGACUCUUUACUAGAUUCCAAUAGUGUUGAUUUGGUGAAAUUAACAGAGGAAAGGGAGAAGCUUCUUGCAAGACAGUUAGACACUGACUUUUUUGCAAAGAAUGAGCCUAAUGAUCAAGAGAUGAAAACUUUGAAGUAUAUAGCGGACAUUGACAAAGACUCUGUAAAUAUUGUGAGAAGAGGCGAUGACGAAGAGGUACAAAAGCAGCGGUUGGUCUUGAAGUCAUACAGACGGGCAGAACCCAAAGAUCCUACAAGUUGGAUUGCUUCGGCUAAACUAGAGGAAAAUUGUGGUAAUUACGAACUUGCAAGGGAACUGAUUCAGCAAGGGUGUUUACAAUGUCCAUUAGAUGAGAUAAUAUGGUUAGAAAACUUACGGUUGAAUGUAUCCAACAAUGAAAAGAAGAAAAUUAUUGUUGCUAAUGCAAUUCGCUUUCAACCUAAAUCGGUCGCAUUGUGGUUGGAGGGAAUCAAGUAUGAGGAACAACCUGCCAAUAAGUUUAGAGUUAUACAAAAAGCAUUAAGAGAAAUACCUGCUGAAGAAGAAAUCUGGAAACUAGCAGUCAAAUAUAACCCAAACGAUUAUGAUAGUUUGAGAAUAUGUAAAAAGGCUUUAGAAUUCAUCCCAACAAGUUUUUAUUUCUGGGCUAUAUUAAUGAAAGAACCCUACGAGGACGUUAUGAAUACAUUAGAAAAGGUCAUAACUCAAAAUCCCAAACAGAUAGAUUUGAAGGUUUACAAGUUAAUGAAUGAAGAAAUACAUAAGAAAAUUGACUCUGUCAGUCAAUGUAAGAGUGUGAUCAUUAAAGAGCUUGGUAUAAAUAUGAAAGACAUGGAUAAGUCCGUAGUGACUAAAUGGCUAGAUAAAGUCGAAAUAUGGAAUAAGAGCAUUGCUGUUGAUAUAACUACUGCUUCUCUUUGUGAGGUAAUUUUUGAUAGCAUAGGUGAGAAGAUUGUUAAAGAAUAUGGAUUGAAUUACCUUGAUAAUAUAUCAAAUGUUAAAAUACAGAUCAUAUUUUUAAAAUCAUAUCUGAAGUUCGAGCCUACUAAAAUAAGUGUUUGGCAAAAAUUGAAAAAUAUCUGUGUGAAAUCGUAUAAUAUAGACAAGUUUUUUCAAGUAUUUGAAGAGCUGCUUUUUGAUCGUGACACCCAGAAUAGUUAUGAAAUGGUGAAAAUACAUCCCAAUCUAGUGUUGCUUUAUGUGAAAGAGUUAUGGAAACACGACGGGAAUCCAGAUAAGGCCCUAGAAAUCUUGAGUAAAACCUUGAAUGAAAUUCCAAACUUUAUAGAGGGUUGGCUAGCGAAAAUAAAGAUAUUGUUGCAGACCGGUCGUCUAGAUUGUGUUGCUUCUAUAUUUGAUAAACUAUUGAACUCUUUGGAAACUGCUAAUUAUGAUGAUCAUAACAAGGAAAGAUUACUCUAUCGUCAUGUUUCAUUCUUACGUUUUAUGGACGAGAAUGAGAAAGCUGUUAGUUAUAUUGAAAACAAAUAUCUGCUGUUAUUUCCACAGUCAGUAAAAUUAAAAUUGCAACUGGUCCAGAUUUAUGAAGAUAUGGGUAUGAAUAGUAUAUGUUCAAGGUUAUAUGAUGAUUAUACUAAGAGAUUGCCAUCGCAUGCAGUUUUCUGGAUCGAAUAUGCUAAUUUCAUUCAAAGAACAUCUGGAAACACAUCCAGGGCUAGAUCAAUUUUGGACAAAGGCAUUGUCCAUAACCCAAGCAAUGUUUCUUUAAUUGUUGCUAAAGUUAAAUUGGAGGAAACGGUGGGAAACUUUGCACAAGAAGAACUUUUAAUAUCGCAAGGCUUACAGACUUUUGCAAAGGAUGCAGAAUUAUGGGCCUGUAGGAUGAGGCUAAGUAAGUCAAAGAAAUCUAGCCUGAAGAAGACGCUGUUUCAAGAUGCUUUAAAAGCUACAAACAACUCAUAUCUUAUUCUGUUUGAGGUUGGUAGGUCUUUCUACAAUGACAAUCAAUAUAAGGUGGCAAUGAAAUGGUUUGAUAGAGCUGUCACCAAGCAACCUCGGUUUGGUGAUGGGUGGGCAUACAUUUAUAAUUGUAAGCAAAAACUGAAUGACGAUUUGGAUAAGUUGUUGGAAAAGGUUGCGGAGCUCGAUCCUGCAUAUGGUGAAGAAUGGAUCAAAGUUUCCAAAAAUGUGAAAAUGCAAUAUCUGUCUUCACCUGUAAUACUCAAGAAAGUUGCAGAGCGUUGUAAAUGA